UUGUGUACACAGCAGUGUUUCUGUUCCGAGUCAGCUGCGGCACAGUCCAGUAAACUUGGCCUGUUCUUGUGUAUUGUCACGAAAUUAAAAAGCUUUCAUCCCAAUCAUGCCUAACCCCAGAGUUUUCUUCGACAUCACUAUCGGCGAUUCCGCCGCCGGCAGGAUUGAAAUUGAGCUUUUUGCUGAUGUGGUCCCCAAGACUGCAGAAAACUUCCGUGUCCUGUGCACCGGGGACAAGGGGUUCGGCUACAAGGGCUCCAGCUUCCAUCGCAUCAUCCCCGGUUUCAUGUGCCAGGGUGGUGACUUCACCAACCACAAUGGAACCGGGGGCAAGUCCAUCUACGGCAACAAGUUUCCCGACGAGAACUUUACCCUGAAGCACACGGGCAUGGGCUGUCUGUCCAUGGCCAACGCUGGCCCCAACACCAAUGGAUCCCAGUUCUUCAUCUGCACUGCUAACACCGACUGGCUGAACGGCAAGCACGUCGUGUUCGGCAAGGUCGUGGAGGGGCUGAGCAUCAUCGCUAACAUGGAGAAGAAGGGCUCAAGCAGUGGCAAAUGCUCCGCCAAGGUCGUCAUCGCUGACUGUGGAGAGCUCUGAGCACCCUCCCUCUCGCUCUUUCUGCUUUCAUCCCUCCUUCCCACCCUGCCUCCUUUCACCCAGCUUUCAGGUUUUCGUCCCUUGGUCCCUCCCUCCACACAGCUCUCCUUCCUUCUAUCCCUCCCUUAAACCCUCCCCUCCCCCGUAAUCAGAAACAUUCCCUUGAAGUGAGGUUUUCGUCCCUUGGUCCCUCCCUCCACACAGCUCUAAGCAUUAACCUCUCCCCUCCCCGUAAUCAGAAACAUUCCCUUGAAGUGAGGUUUUGUUUAACCAUUCCUCUCCCUUACCGAACGGGUUGUCCUGUCUUGAACUAGUUUCAUUUGGCUUUUUGUAAUUUAUUUUUUGGAUUGUUCCAUCAGGACCACAUUUGUUUAGCAAAUUCUGAAUAAAGUGGCAAAAGAUUCCUUAA